GAAAAAGCUGUGUUGUUUAUAAUGUAAAUAUAAUAUAUGUGAAUAUCGCAUAUUAGUAACAAUAAAAUAAAUAGUUACUUGUCAACUACGGGCUUUACUUGCAUUCGUACGUAGGCCGCACGCCGGUGGCUGCUUGUUCAACUGUACGAGCGGCUUUUGAUUGUGUGUGUGUGUGUGAAAGUGGAAAAAGUGUGCACGGCACCGCUAAAUAAGUUGGUCGCGUGCGUUUAAAAUCAAUUUUUGUCCAGUUAACACUCACGCAACCAUGGCAGACGGCGUGGUGCUGGACUUGUAUGCCGAAGAUCUGGACAAGGAUUUUGCCGGGCAAGCUCAGGAUGAAUUUGGUGGCGACGGCGUUGAUUUAUACGAUGACAUCGGCGGCCCCACCGAGCCAGCAGCUGCGGGCGGCGGCGGCGGUGGUGGCACCCCUACGGGCGAUAAUGCUUCCGGGCCCGGAUCCAUCGAUGGUUCUUCUAGUGUCGGUCCAAAUGGAGUUUACCAUCAGGGCAGUGGUAGCCAAACUCCAACGAUGAACCGCCGCUAUCAACUAUAUGUGGGUAACCUGACCUGGUGGACCACCGAUCAGGACAUCUCCAAUGCCUUACGCGAGAUUGGUGUCAACGAUUUACAGGAGGUGAAAUUUUUUGAGAAUCGCGCAAAUGGGCAGUCGAAGGGUUUCAGCGUUAUUUCCCUCGGCUCGGAACCUAGCCUGCGCGCUGUACUCGAUCAAUUGCCCAAAAAAGAGAUGCACGGCCAGACCGUAGUAGUCACCUAUCCAAGCAAGCAGGCCCUUACGCAAUUCGAGAGCCUUCAAAAAACACGUCCGGUGCCGCCACCGCAGCAAAAUGGCCCACCACGUGGCCCCGCACCACCCAAUAUGGGCGGACCGAUGCCGCCACAUCCGGGAGUGCCUCAAGGUGUACCGCCUGGCCAUGCGCCACGCAUGAAUCCCAACAUGCCGCCGGGUCAAUACCGGCCCCAUAUGUCGCAAGUGCCGCAGGUUGGACCAAACUCUGGACCUCCACGCAUGCAGCCGCCCAUGCAUCAACAGGGCGGCCCGAUGGGCAACCAACAACCGCCACCCAGGUAUCCGCCAGCGCAAGGUCAAUGGCCAGGUCAACGUCCCGGUGGGCCCCGACCGGGUCCACCAAAUGGACCACUCCAACGACCACCAAUGUUCCAGGGUCCAAUGGGCAUGCCAGUGCGUGGUCCGGGGCCGGGUCCUGACUGGCGUCGUCCACCUAUGCAUGGCGGUUUUCCGCCGCAAGGUCCCCCGCAGGGUCCGCCUCAUAUGCAGGGCCCGCCACGUCCGCAAAUGGGUCCUGGUCCACCGCCUGGUUCGGGUGGACCACAUGGCGCUCCUGCUCCGCACGUAAAUCCAGCAUUCUUUAAUCAACCGGGCGGCCCACCGCCGCAUCCAGGCAUGGGUGGGCCACCACAUGGUCAGCCGGGACCGCAGCCGGGCAUGAACAUGCCGCCUCAGCACGGACCGCCGCCUCAUUUUGCACAGCAGGGUGGACCACGCAAUCCUUGGCCAGGUCCCCCACAAGGCAAGCCGCCAGGAGCUUUCCCCGACCCCCAAAUGGGUCCGCAGUUAACGGAGGUUGAGUUCGAGGAGGUCAUGAGCAGAAAUCGCACGGUUAGCAGCUCGGCAAUAGCCAGAGCUGUUUCGGAUGCUGCAGCUGGCGAGUAUUCAAGCGCCAUCGAGACGCUGGUUACGGCUAUUUCCCUUAUCAAGCAAUCCAAAGUGGCCCACGAUGAGCGCUGUAAGAUUUUGAUCAGCUCACUGCAGGACACGCUGCACGGCAUCGAGGCCAAGAGCUACAAUCGUCGCGAGCGUUCGCGUUCACGAGAUCGCUCCCAUCGCAGCAGGCAACGUCGCGAGCGAUCAACUUCACGCUAUCGAGAGCGUUCUCGUGAGAGAGAGCGUGAUCGUGAUCGCGAGCGUGAGCGUGAUGGAGGCUAUCGGGAGCGUUCGCGCAGUCGUGAACGCGAACGUCAGGCACAGGACCACUACAGGGAUGACAGCAGCAGCCGCUCCGCGCGUCCACGUAAGUCUCCUGAACCGGUUGUUGCAGAAGCCGCCGAGGCGCCGUCAUCUAAACGCUAUUACGAGGAACGCGAACGUUAUCGCUCUUCGGAUCGUGAACGUCGUGACCGAGAUCGUGACCGUGAGCGAGAACGUGAACGUGAUCGGGACAGGCGUGAAGAGCAUCGGUCCAGGCAUUGACCGCUAUACAAGCGAAAGCAUAAUUAAUAACAAGAAAUACACACCCAAACACAUACACCUCCUAGACACUCUUAUUAACACAUAAUAAUGAUGCAGCAAGCUGAAGGCCAGCCACAAGAUUAUGAAAUUUUGAUUUGUAUCUAACAUUACCAAUACGUAGGAUAUGAAUAUGGCAUAACAUAGUUUCUCCUAGACGUACUAAAGUAAGCCGAAAUGUUGACAAGCCUCUACAACAACAAUACACAAUUGAACGACGGACUGCCACGCCCACACAAAUCUACACUCUAACGGAAUAAUACUGCAUCUGCACACAUCCCCCAUUGAGGCCGUCAUCGCGGAAGAAGACGCGGUUGGACAGCAGCUACAGAUAGAAUGAACUUCAAUCAACAUCAGCGUCGUCUACACCGCAGAAUUUCAAUAUUAUUGUACUUUAAUAUUUCGGUUUAUUUAAUAAAACAUAUAUAUAUAUGAAA